AUGGCUCCCUUCGAGUUAAGGGUCAUUUGGCAGGACUGUAUUGAGGCAGCGGCCUUCGGGGAUGGGUUUCAGAAGGGUGGCAAAGGCCGUGGUCCCCGAACCCUGGAGGCCGAGAGGCCCGACUGGGGCUGGGGGUCAGUGCCGAGCCAUGGCCAACUGCCCACAGGCCUGGGCCAGAAGAAGGGCGCGCACGGGACUCCAGAAAACCUACAGCGUCGUGACGGGCCCCCGAAUUCCCAGCGAGAAUCCGAGUUGGGACCCACACGGCGCUGCGAGGCGGCCCCCGCCACUCCCGGCGUCCCGACAGGGGGCGGCGCCCCCGCGUGCCCGCUGGUCCUGGCGGACAAGAGCCCGCCUGGCCUGAAGGGCAAGGAGCCCGUGGUGUACCCCUGGAUGAAGAAGAUCCAUGUCAGCGCCGUGAACCCCAGUUAUAACGGAGGAGAGCCCAAGCGCUCUCGAACCGCCUACACCCGACAGCAGGUCUUGGAGCUGGAGAAGGAAUUCCACUUUAACCGCUACCUGACCCGGCGCCGCCGCAUCGAGAUCGCCCACACACUCUGCUUGUCCGAGCGCCAGGUCAAGAUUUGGUUUCAGAACCGGAGGAUGAAGUGGAAGAAAGAUCACAAACUGCCCAACACCAAGAUGCGAUCCUCCAAUCCAGCCUCGGCCUCUGCUGGCCCGCUAGGGAAAGCACAAACUCAGAGCCCUCACCCUCAUCUCCACCCCCUCCCUGGAGCCUCCACACCUAUUCCCUCCUCCAUAUAAUCUUUUAGAGAUCCAGAUCAGUUUCUACCCUUACCUGCUCUUCUCCCUUCUUUUCCCCAUUCACCUGAUCCCAUCUGGAUCUCACAGACACCAAACCAAAACCCAAUUUGGUGAAAAUGAUAACCAAAAAAAAAAAAAAAAAACAUCAUCCCCAGUAAGAGUGUGUGCUGCUUACCACCCAAGCAAGGACCGUUGUCCAGGAAGCUGUUAGGUGGAACAAUCUGGGAGCCUGACCAGGCUGCUAGGUUUAAAUACUUGAGAAGAACCAGUUGCCAUGAAAUACUUUUGAGAUGUCUGAAGUCAGCUGGACAGCGCAGCAUGCUGACUGGGGACAUAUAUAUGUGUAGAUGUUGCAAGCAAAAGGAAAGAGACCCUUACCCAUGUUCCUUACCUCCCCAACUUACAUUAAGACAGCUCAUACCAGCUUAUAUUGAACUGAAUAAAUGAGUAGAUAUGGUGGACCUCAAAAGAUUAUUUAAUUCUCAAAAUGUGUAGUCCUUGAUGGUAGAUGUGACAUGUUAGUUUCCCUUCCUUGCAUUUAUUUAAGAUAUUGUUAUAGAGAUAUUGUUCUUAUUCUGGGGCACAAUCUCGGGGAGAGGGGGAUGCAUUUAGACCCAUGUGUGACUGUACAAAGUGU